GCUCGGCCGCUCGCCACAUCCGGGGCAGGGCCGGCGAGCUUCCGGCCGUUACCACUCGGCCGGCGCCUUCUGCGAGCGGCGGGGCCCGGGGUCCUGGCGGCGGCGCGGCCGGGCCGCGGCUGCCCCUGCCCCCGCCUUCCCGGCGCCCCCGGGGCUGGGCCCCUUUAGCCAGGCCCCAAGGGGCCUCCCGGCCCCCCUCAGCCGGGCGCCGAGGGCUUUCCCCCCCCGCCAACCGCCGCCGGGGCCCCCUCACCGCCCCCGGGUUCCCCUCAGCCGCCGCCGAGGCCAUCUUGCCGCCCCCUGGGCUCCCCUCAGGCACCGAGGCGCCCCCUGUGCCACCGGUCCCCGCGUCUCUCGCUGUCAAGCAUCGAGGGGCUUCCCUAGCCGCCGCAGCCGCCCCUCCGCCAGGCGCUGGGCGCCCCCCGUCCCCCCCGGAAUCCCCAGCCUGGGGGGCUGGGCUCUUCCCUUCCUGAAACGGGGGGUUGUGACACCCACCCCCCAUCUCUGGCGUCCCCUCCUCACCCGGCUUCACUGCUCUGAUAUUUCUGCUCUCUAGUCACUCUUUCUCGUGCUCCCCCACCUCCCUCUUCUCUUUCCCCUUCUCCCCACAUAAUCUCUUCAUCCCCCCCUCUUCCCCCCCCCCAGCUGUGAUAGGGAUAGGGGUGGUUGUCCCCAACAAGGGAGCUGGGCUCCCUUGGGUUAUGAUCCUGCUUGUCUUUGACAUCUUACAGCAUUACCUGCCAGUUGUAGACUAUCCCAGGGUUAUUCCAGGUUCUCCAUCCUGGCCCUGCUGGUGCUGCUAAGAGUUCCUGUAUCUCCCAGUUAGCUUUCGGCAAAGGCCUCCCCGGGCCUGUUAUCUUCGCUAGGAGGCAUGGAGUUUGCGGAGCUGAUCAAGACCCCUCGAGUUGAUAAUGUUGUUCUGCACCGCCCUUUCUACCCUGCUGUGGAGGGGACUCUGUGUUUGACUGGUCAUCACCUCAUUCUUUCUUCACGACGCCAAGAUGAUGCUGAGGAGCUGUGGCUGCUGCACUCCAAUAUUGACUCUAUUGAAAAAAGGUUUGUGGGCUCAUUGGGUACCAUCAUCAUAAAAUGUAAAGAUCUGCGAAUUAUUCAGCUGGAUAUACCUGGAAUGGAGGAGUGUUUGAACAUUGCUAGCUCUAUUGAGGCUCUUUCCACCUUGGAUUCUGUCACUCUCAUGUAUCCGUUCUUUUACCGGCCCAUGUUUGAAGUUGUUGAAGAUGGCUGGCGCUCUUUUCUACCUGAGCAAGAGUUCGAGCUUCUCAGUUCAAUAACAGAUGAAUGGCGUAUAAGCUGCAUCAAUAAGGAAUUCUCUGUCUGUCCUUCCUACCCUCCAGUCGUCAUUGUCCCCAAAUCCAUUGAUGAUGAAGCACUUCGGAAAGUGGCCAUGUUUCGCCACAGCAGUCGCUUCCCAGUCCUCAGCUAUUAUCAUAAGAAGAAUGGUAUGGUAAUGAUGCGAAGUAGUCAGCCUCUUACAGGUACAAAUGGGAGACGGUGUAAAGAAGACGAGAAGCUUAUUAAUGCCACACUACGGGCAGGCAAGCGUGGCUACAUUAUUGAUACGAGGUCCCUGAAUGUCGCCCAGCAGGCCAGGGCCAAAGGAGGAGGUUUUGAACAGGAAGCACACUAUCCCCAGUGGAGGAGAAUUCACAAAUCUAUCGAAAGGUUUAAUAUUCUGCAGGAAAGCCUCAUCAAACUCGUGGAAGCUUGUAAUGACCAGUCGCACAACAUGGACCGUUGGCUCAGUAAACUGGAGGCUUCUAACUGGCUGACUCAUGUCAAGGAAAUCCUAACUGCAGCUUGUCUAGCUGCUCAGUGUAUUGAUAGGGAAGGUGCAUCGGUUUUAGUUCAUGGGACUGAAGGAACCGAUUCUACACUCCAGGUAACUUCUUUGGCACAGAUUAUCUUGGAUCCAAGAUGCAGGACCAUACGUGGCUUUGAAUCUCUUGUUGUGAGAGAGUGGCUUCAGGCUGGUCACCCUUUUCAGCAGCGCUGUGCCCAGUCAGCCUACUCGAACAGCAAGCAGAAAUGGGAGGCCCCAGUGUUUCUCCUCUUUUUGGACUGUGUGUGGCAGAUCCUUCGUCAGUUCCCUUGCUCUUUCGAAUUCAGUGAACACUUCCUCAUUAUGCUCUUUGAACACGCUUACGCUUCGCAGUUUGGGACGUUUCUGGGCAACAAUGAAAACGAGAGGUCUAAACUGAAGCUGCAGCAAAAGACUAUGUCCCUCUGGUCCUGGGUGAACAGGCCUCAAGAACUGAGCAAAUACAAGAAUCCUCUUUUUGAGGCCAACAGUCUUGUCAUCUGGCCCUCUGUUGCCCCGCAGAGCUUGCAGCUCUGGGAAGGUGUCUUUCUUCGGUGGAACAGGUCUUCCAAGUUCCUUGACGAAGCCUAUGAAGAAAUGGUCACCCUUAUAGAAUACAACAAGCAACUUAAGGCAAAGGUUAAUGCAUUGAGGAGGAAGUUAGCAGAGCUGGAAACGGAUGAUCAGAUGCAGGAGAACGCAUGAUCUUGCAGGGCUUUGGACUCAGGUUUUUCCUUUCAACUCCUCUUUACACUAAAGACUGAACAUGGAAAGUGCAUGUGUUGCAGAGCCCUUUGAUGCAACUGAUCCUCAGUUCUGCCACUGCUGAAAACUUCACUUCACGCUAUGUACGCAUCCCUGCCGUUUGGGAGAGGUCUGUUUUGUUUACAGAAGACAUACACAACCAGGCGUGGUCUCCUCUCUUGGCAGCUUUUCUGUCUCUAGUAAAUUGUGUACAGUGUCAGUAUAAGCUGGAACUUUUACCUCAGCCCAAGUCUGUAUGGAUGACCAGAAUGGGCCAAGAGACAGGAUGUUUCCAAUUUAUCUCGGACCUUCUCUGUUUUUGUUGAACCCUCCAAACACUCCGUUUGCAGGAAUAAAACACAAAGAGAUAGAUAGAUAAAGGUAUUUGUCUGAAAGCACCUUUUUUUUUUCCCCCCCACCAAGAGUAGGUAAGGCAGCUUAGUUCUUUAGUUUCCUAGAAAAUCUAGAACUUGUAGUUAGAUCAUACCUUUUCUACACAUUUAUACAAUGCCUUCAGAAGCCUUCACAUCUAACACUUGUUUUUUGUGUUAAGCAUUGGCUUGGGAGCAGUAACUUGAAUACCAAACUGGGGCAAGAAAUUUCAGUGCAAUACAGAAUUAAAGUAGGGAUCCUGCUGCUAGCAUUUAAGCCAUGGCCUUCAGGUGGAAUUGUCCCUCAUGUACAAAUAUCUCUCAACAAAUAAACCUUUUCUUUUAUUCCAUCUGGAAAACAAACAGGUUAAGUAGCUGGUAGAGGCGUUCACUUGCUGAGCAAAACAGUGACUUGGAACUGUCCUUUUAACUAGAGCUGUGCUGCCCUCUUGAAACUUCUGGUUGCACUGGCUUUUUUUUGUUUGUUUAUUUUUUUGUUUUUUUGGUUUUUGUUUUUUUUUUGUUUGUUUAAAUAGGUUCAUGGCAUUGCUAGGGUGCAAGGGCAUGUACAGCAGCUCUUAAUAUACAUCUCAACAAAACAUUUUUGCUCCAGGUGAAUUUUUUUUUUCCUCAUGUUCAUACUAGGUAUUCUACAUGCUUUGUGAAUAACGAACAAAAGCAAAAGAUGGGAGUAGGUCUGAUCUAACAUAUCAGGUAUCUUCUGCAGAUUAAAAGGCUGUCACACUACAAAAAUGCUCGCUUGUUUAGAUCGCCUUUAGCUGCUAAAACUGCUUAAAGAUACUAGGGAACAGCUUUUUUCAAGUUAAUGUUAUCUUUUGUAGCUGUUCUUUGUGUUUCUGUGGCUGCAAUCUGCCUCUUUUUUAAUUCAGAUCUUUGCUGGAGAUUUUUUUCCUCCUUUAAAAAGGCAGUCAAGAAUAGGUCUGAAAUACUAAGUCAUCUAGACAUCUGUUCAAUUUGAUUCCAUUGGUAGCUGUACGUGACUGAGAAGAUUUGAAUUAAAACAGAUCAUGUGCUGGGAUUAUUCUAAAAGUCGCUUGUUGUUAGCUGCUUUCUUCUGAAAUGAAUGGAGCUGCAUUAGGUCAAUGCUGACCACUUUGGAAAGUGUUGAACUUCCCUUAGCCAUGGUAUUUUGUGUUUUGGAAUGAAGAUGCCUUUAUUUAAAAGCUGCUUUCACAGAAAUACAUGUAUAUAUAGGUAUAUGAGAAUGGGGGGUAUUUAGUUGUCUUAGAAGUAUCUGGAGAGUAAUCGUCCGCAAAAAUCCUAUAAUCUAUAAAAUGAGUGUUCCAUAACCAAGGAAAUCAUUUAUAUAAAAUUACUUGAUAGUGAUUUUUAAAUGCUACCUUAAUGCCUUUUACUUCAGUCUUUGUUUCCUUAAGUAUUUUCUUCUUGACUAGCCUAAACUUGGUCCUAAAAUGUUGGUUGUUUUGUUUGUUUUUUGUUUCUUCUCUCUUCUUUCCCCAAAAGAGUUAACCUGCAUGGUUUCAUUUUACAAGGGCUGGUUUAAAAAGAGAUCCCUGCUGAACAGAAAUAGCCUUAGGGCAGACAAAUAAUUCCCCUGGUUUUAAUACCAAUUUCUUUUUAGAUUUGGAGAAGGGAAGUCUUGUUCACUAAGUCAAGAUUGACAGAGGGAAUAGUUCUCAGAGUGGGCUAGUGAUCUUUAUUGCGUAACGGGGAGAUGCAGGUUGGCUAUGCCUUCCUCCCACUGCCAAACCCCUGAUUUUGGAACUGUCUUCCAGGUAUUUAUGAGAUGUAGGCCCUUGAAAUUACUGCUCACCCUUUAAAAUUACGGCUAUGUUGUCUGCACCCGCCUCGGUGUAGUAUUCCUAUCCAAUUCAGAAUUUCUGCUGUGCCUGUAUGUCUGAAAUACACCAUUGCUAGUCAGAUGAGAAGGAUUCAGAAGGGACUAUUUUUCCCCAUAAUAGACUAUACAUAAAACACUUAAAGGUUAUGUAAUUUCCUAACGUAGUAAUUAUAUAUUGAGCUAAAUAAUAGAGAAGCAAAGAGGUUUUUUGGUCUGAUUGCCUGGCUGUUCUAGUCUCUCAUGCAAACCGCAUGCAUCUGAGGAAAUUGGGCAACCAGCUGUGACAGCUAACAAAAGGCAGAAUAUUCUUUGAGCUGGCAUUUCACCCUCGGCUUAAGUUUCAGGACUAAAUCCACCCCUAAGUGGUAUGUGUUCGCCUUGGUUUAGUGGUAGUGUGGAUCAGAACUACACUAGCAUUUUAAUUUUAAGGCUGUGAACAGUGAGAGUAGCUCUUUCCUGCUUCCUCUGCCGUACUGCACCUUGUCCUCACAACUAAGUGCAAGACUUGGAGGCUUAAGAUAACUUCCAAAUAGUCACCUUCCUGAGAUGCUGUUGGGAGCAGUCCUGCAAGAUAUUGCAUGCGCUGGAGUUAGGGCUGGAUGUUCGGACCCUUGCAGGUCCUCCUGGGAGCACGCAGUUCCCAGACCUUUUGUGGUAGCCUAUUUACGUGUUCCCUUUAGACCUUUUCAUCCCCAGUGCCUUCCAGGCUCGAGUCUGGUGGCUGCUGAUGAUACACACUGGAGCCCUCCAGUUCUUUGCUUACCUGUAUGUCCACACUCCUUAUUCACAUACUUAAAGCUAAUGACCAGCUUGCUUCCUCUUAGAGAGGAAAGGUUGCUGGACUCUGCCUCAUGACAUCACUGACACACUGUUUGCAGGUUACCUGCAUCUACUUGAGCUGUAAGCGUUGUGGUAGUGCCCGACCCUGGCACUUCAGUGUGGCAUUGCCUUACACUGUUGCUGAGACACCUGCUUCUACUCUUUUACACAUGGCUAUCCAUGUAAUAAGCUGGACAUAAAGUCCUCUGAAAAUUGUUGGGGUCAAUCAACGUGGACACUCUGCCAUUUACCAAAAUAAAAAAAGGGAAGAAAAACUAAAUUGCACAGUUUUCGUAAACACAAAGGGAAUAUAUACCUUCAAAAUUUUGAUUGUAUUGCUCUAACUCUUGAAUGUGGCGAUCUGUUGAAGUGCACUAUUGUCCAUGUUGCAUAUGAUAUAACUUAAAUUGCACUGUAUAGCAUAUUGGCGUCUCACGUAUGCUUUGCUAAAGCCUUGGAAAGUGCUAUCGUGUACAGGUUCCUGUACAAGGGAAAAUGUCUAUACUAGCAAUUCUACCUUUUUUGUAACUGUGUGACAUUGAAUAGCACUGUGUAAAGUCGUGUAUUAUAUAUCUGUUACCUAGUUCAAAUUUAGGUGGAGUGCAUUUCUGUCCAAACAUCUGGAAUUGCUAAUUGGACUUGUAUGCUGCUUCAAACUUGAUUUAAAAUGAAAUAAGUAACAGGGUUGGGAAUUGUGUGCUAUUGUUAGAAGUAUGCUAUACGUGUACGGAAUCCCAGCUGCUGUGGUGUUGAAUAUAUCGCAAAAAGGUAACAAAUUCAGGAAAGAACUAUAGUGGCUGAAAUUGUUUAGCCAUUUGGGGGAAAUAACAGAUAUAAAAUGGCUGUAAACUUUUGCUGUAGAUUUGUUGAGAACACAAUGGAAAUGUCUGUCUGAAUUAAAAUCUUGAAGACUCUAAAGAAGUUCUUUAAUUACA